CUGUUGAUGGUCACGUGACAGAAGGACGCGGAUCCGAUGAGGAGAGCGGUUUCAAAUCAUAUCAUGUCCUCUUAUCUCUUCGAUUCUGUGCUGACAUCGCAUCCGCGGCUUCAGAUAUGGACUUCUUGGUGUUAACAUAGUACGUUAGAUCUGUUAUAGUACAUCGUUUAACUGUGCUGACGAGCCUGUAGAUGCAGAGUCUCCGCAGGGAAGUGUUUGAUCAGUGAAGCUAUCAGAGGCUAAUUACACCCCACCAAAACAAGCAUGGCCUCUGAUAUCAACUAUCAGGAUGGCCCGGACCUUUCUAGAAGAGACGUGAGCCCCGCUGACGAUGAGCCCAUCCAUUCACCCAGUUCCCUACGACAGUCCGAAUAUGAACGAAUCGGAGGAAGAACUGGAUCCUCGUUUUCUCAGACUUUAAUUCAUUUACUUAAAGGAAAUAUUGGUACAGGACUCCUCGGCUUGCCUCUGGCUGUCAAGAAUGCAGGACUCCUGGUGGGGCCUUUAAGUCUUCUGGCUAUGGGAAUCGUAGCUGUACAUUGUAUGAACCUCCUCGUGAAAUGUGCACAUCAUCUAAGUGCAAAGAUGGGCAAGCCCUUUCUUUCCUACGGAGAUGCGGUUGAGUAUGGCAUGGAGAACGUGCCGUGGCUGAGCAGACACUCUCUGUGGGGAAGGCGUGUGGUGAAUCUGUUCCUCAACAUAACCCAGCUGGGCUUCUGCUGCGUUUACUUUGUGUUCCUCAGCGACAAUGUCAAACAGGUGGUUGAGACUGCAAACGGGACGACCGGGAACUGUCACAACAACGAAACCGCAGUGAUUGUCCCCAGCUACAACUCUCGCCUCUACAUGCUCUUCUUCCUGCCCUUUAUCAUCGUGUUGGUGUUCAUCCGCAACCUCAAGUAUUUGGCCCCUCUGUCGUUUGUCGCCAACAUUUCCAUGUGUGUCAGCCUGGUCCUCAUAUACUACUACUGUCUGACGAAUAUCCCAUAUCCUAUCAACCUCCCUCUGGCAGGAAGAGGAAUUGACUAUCCUCUCUUCUUUGGAACAGCAAUUUUUGCCUUUGAGGGAAUUGGAGUUGUGCUACCACUUGAGAAUAAGAUGCAGAAUCCCAGAAACUUCACCACGGUCCUGUAUCUGGGCAUGGGCAUCGUCACCACCCUCUACAUCACCCUGGGCACCAUCGGCUACAUUGGCUUCGGAGAGCAUAUCCAGGGCAGCAUCACAUUGAACUUACCGUUGUGCUGGUUAUAUCAGACCGUGAAGCUGCUGUACUCUUUUGGGAUCUACAUCACGUAUGCGCUGCAGUUCUACGUGUCAGCAGAGAUCCUGAUCCCGCCGGCGGUGGCUCGCUGUGGUCCCAGAUGGGCGUUGAUGGUGGAUCUAGGCAUCCGCACGGCUCUCGUAGGCCUCACAUGUGCUCUGGCCAUAUUGAUCCCAGAGCUUGACCUGGUCAUCUCUCUGGUGGGCUCCGUGAGCAGCAGCGCUCUGGCCCUCAUCUUCCCUCCCCUGCUUCAGAUCAUCACCUUCCAUAAUGAAGGCUUGAAGCCGUGGGAGAUUGCCAAGGACAUCGGGAUCAGCCUCAUUGGCUUUGUGGGCUUUGUGGCAGGGACGUACAUCUCCAUCCAGGAGAUUGUGGCACGCAACGGCAUCAGACACAACAGCACACACCUGUAUGUAGGGUGAUUAAUUGAUUAAAUGUAGACCCUACAUGCUUCUUUGAUUUCUGCUCGGUUCCUCAUGGGUUUCUUCUUUCUCAGCGUCUGUAUGUUUUUAUGUGUGUUUUUGUCCUUCGUUUUUUGCAGCAUUGAAGUCUCUUCAUAUCGAGUUCCCAAGUUGCCUUGGCUUCAAAGAACUCAUUUUUACAAAAUCUUUUGGCUCAAACAGCCUUUUAUCCCAAAUUUGAGAUGAAUAUUAAUGGAAUAAUAUCAGUAUAGCUCAUUUUAAUGUCUUGUUUACAGGGUUUCAAUGCCACAAACAGAUUCCUUGAACAGGGUCACAUACUCAUUCGGAGUAGUUGCAAUUGGAACGAAGUGACGUGAACAGUCAUUUCUGUUUGUAACUGUGUUUUUGUAUUCUUAGGGCUCUUGUUUUAAAGAUAAAAGGCAAGUUAUUUACUUCUGCAUAUUACACACAGACUCAACCUAGACUUGAUUUUAAAAGUGUGGAAAAUUCUGUCAAAGUGCACAAUUACAGUACCUCAGUCUCAACAAUCAAAAGAUUAGUCUGAACGGUGGUCUUUCAACAAUGUUAUCUGCACUUUGUCUGCUGUUCUAGUUUUUUUUUAUUUAUUUAUAUUUUUUAAGUGAUGUUUUUUAAGUUUAUUUGUGCCAUCUCACACAUCAAACAGUGUUUUAUAUUCAACAGGUGCCGUCAGUUAGUCAUCUUGCAGAGAAGUCUGUUGAUAUAACUUGAUUUGUUUUUUCAUCUACCAGCUGUAGUUUUUAUCGGUAUUUACAUAUGGCUAGAUUUUCUUCCAAAUGUGCAGUAUAUCAUUUUUUGUAAACCGGCUCCAGAUCUCUUAUUGUUUCGCACACACAAAACAGAAGUGUGUUUUAACUGUAUGCACGUUGAGUAACUUGUACUGUUGUUAAACACACUUUUUACUGAGGCACUUGAA